AUGAAGGGAAAUCGCGCGACGUACAGCCUGGAAGACUUCGAGGCGGACGGGGGUCCGAUUUCGUCAGAUGAAGAUGAGAGAGGAACUGAGGGUGGUGCCGUGGUCCAGGCGGGGCGAUGGGGUUUCGAUGUAUUCGAUGGUCUGUUGUUCAAUUUCGCUGCACCUGUUUGCAUCCCCUAUCUGCUGGGCGUUGAUCCCAAUGCCGAGUUGGAUCAGAGCACGCGAGAGGCCAUCACAUUUUGGACGGCGUCCCUCACCUCCUUGCUGCUCGUGGGUUGGGCGAUCGGGGGCAUUCUCUUCGGCAAACUCACAGACACAUUCGGCCGAAGUCGAAUCAUGCUCAUCACCAUGGCGACAUACGCGCUCAGCACGGGGGCGAGCGCGUUGUCCCCCAACAUCUGGGUUCUGGGCCUCUGCCGUUUCUGCGCUUCACUCGGCAUCGGCGGUGAGUGGGCUGCCGGCGCUGCACUUGUGGCAGAAACGAUGCCACCACAUAGGCGGCUCUGGGGAGGAGCCAUCCUCUACACGUCCGCCCCCGUCGGACUGUUUCUGGCGUCGUUCGUGAGCAGCCUGUUUCUCAACGAGGUGUCGUUCAUCGCCGACGACCCUUCACUCUCCUGGCGUGUCGUCUUCCUCACCGGUCUCAUCCCGGUCGUGUUCGCCAUCAUCAUCCGAAUCUGGCUCAAGGAGCCAGAUACGUGGAAGACCACUCGAGAGAACAAAGCCAUGUCCUACGGAGUGGUGGAGAGGGACUACGACGAGCAACCACCUCCGGAGAAGCUGGGUCGGUAUCGACGACGAACCCUCGGCGGUCUGUUCGUCGUGAUCAUCGCCCUCUUGACCUGGUGGACCAUCACCAGUUUCAUUCCUCUGAUUGCCAACUUCCUGGCCGAAGAUGUGGGCAAGGCGAGCGGACUUUCGCGAGUCGAAAUACAGGGGCUGAAGAGCGAGUACACCUUCAUCGGCAGCAACUCCUUCAACGCCGGCGGCCUCGUAGGCACCCUCACCACCGUCCCUCUUGCCCAGUACCUGGGCCGCCGCCCCAUGUUCGCGAUCUAUUUCGCCUGGAGCGCGGUGGCCAUUCCCUGCGUGCUCUACCUCGCGAUGAGCGCGCUGCUGCGGCUCUCGCUCCUCUUCAUCGUGGGCUUCUCCGUCUUUGGCGUCUUCGCCUCCUUCACCUUCUAUCUCCCCGAGCUCUUCCCCACGCGCCUGCGAGCGCUGGGUUCGGGAUUUUGCUACAACUCGGGGCGAGUGGUCACGGCUGUGGGGCCAUUUUUGGUGGGCAUUGUGGGCCGCGACGGCUAUGACCCGUUGUACAUAAUCACAUGGGUCGCUGUGCUGCCUGCCAUCGGGUUUGUGGGCACGCUGCUGCGCCUGCCGCUGGAGACGAAGGGCACGGUGCUGAUCGAGGAGGAGGUCGAACGCGUGGACGAGAACCUCUACCUGCUACACAAGGAAGCCGCCUCCUACUCCACCGCCACCUCCCCUUCCGCCAGCCGAUACCACAACGCCCACGACGAGGGGAUGGACAUCUUUCUCAAGUGA